AUGGAGGCUGUUAACAAUCGGAAGGGAGGUGUGUUCUUUUUACAUGGUUAUGGAGGUGGAAGGACAGCCCACUCAAAGUUUAAAAUACCCGUCCCAACACUUGACAACUCAACAUGCAACAUUGAUAAAGACACCGAACAUUCAAAACUAUUUGAGGCAACAGAUGUCAUCAUAUGGGACGAAGCUCCUAUGUCUCAUAAAAAUUGUUUUGAAGCAUUGGAUAAAACCCUUAAAGAUGUCAUGAGCAAAGAUGGUCUCGAGAAUACUAUUUUUGGUGGAAAAGUUGUUAUUUUUGGAGGUGAUUUCAGGAAGAUUCUUCCAGUGGUUCCAAGAGCAGGGCGUUCUGAUAUCGUCCAUGCUUCAAUUAGCUCAUCUUAUGUGUGGGAUUAUUUUCAGGUUUUAACACUGACCAAAAAUAUGAGACUCCAACAAGGAAGAGAUAGUACAAGUGCCCAUGAACUUGCAGAAUUUUCAAAAUGGAUUUUAGAUGUGAGGGAUGGUAAGAUUUGUGAACCAAAUGAUGGAUUGGUUGAAAUAGAAAUACCUCCAGAGUUAUUAAUAACAAAUUUUGAUGAUCCUAUAAGGGCAAUUGUUGAUAACACAUAUCCCAAUUUGUUGGAAAAAUUUCAAGAUGUUGAAUUCUUACAAGGAAAGGUUAUUCUUGCUUCAACAAUUGAAGUUGUCGACAAAAUCAAUAAUUAUGUAUUAGACUUGCUACCAGGAGAAGAGAAGGAGUUUUUGAGUUUUGACUCCAUUGAUAGAACAGAUACAAGUUAUAAUGAAGCUUAUGAAGUUCUAACUCCUGAAUUUCUAAGUAAGUUAAGAACAUCAGGCCUUCCAAAUCAUAAAAUCAAAUUGAAGGUUGGUACCCCUAUUAUGCUGAUGAGAAAUUUGGACCAAGCUGAUGGAUUGUCCAAUGGAACAAGACUAAUUGUCACAAGGUUUGCAAAUCAUAUCAUAGAGGCAAAAAUCAUGUCUGGUAAGAACAUAGGUAACAUUUUUUACAUUCCACGAAUGUCUAUGUCACCUUCUGAUUCACCUUGGCCAUUCAAGUUGAUUAGGAGACAAUUUCCGAUAAUUGUUUCCUAUGCAAUGACUAUUAAUAAAUCUCAAGGCCAGUCUCUUGAUAGUGUUGGAUUGUACUUGCCUACUCCUGUCUUUAGUCAUGGUCAAUUAUAUGUUGCAAUUUCAAGAGUUAAGACCAAAAGUGGCCUGAAAAUAUUAAUUCAUGACAAGGAGAAUGCACCGUGUUCGACUACUACAAAUGUUGUAUACAAGGAGGUCUUCCAAGCAUUUUGUUAG